ACAUGAGAUAUUCAAAAUGAGUUUGAUGUCUGUUGGAGUAUAUGCUAUAGCUCUAUUGAUGACGUAUGUUGUGAAACAAAAGCAGUUUGUCAACAGUAGGUGUGAGGAGUGUGAAGUGAGAUAUGUCCCAUCUUUUGACGACUUGAUGGUCCUGGAGUACAAGAUGUGGACGAAGCAAGCCCCGAGACAGGACCAAUGUUACAGGCUCUGCCAGCUGGAUGUCCCCUGCCUCAGUUUCCAAUACAACGAAGUCACCAAGCUAUGCCGCGGGUACGCCUCUGGUUUCACGUCGCCAACCAUCGUCCAGACAUCUGCGGAAAAUGGGACUAAACUAUACGUGACAUGCAGAGCGACAAAUCACAUGGGCUCAGCGUGUGCCCUUGCUGGAGACUGUCUUGCCCCUGCAACUGGCUGUGUUGACGGGAUCUGCAACUGUUCCACCGAUCACAAGUACUCCAUGCACACAUGGUCGUGCUUCAAAUGUAAGUCAAUGCAAGACACAAAGGACAACACACGACAACUGUUCUGUUGA